AUGGCAGACGCCCUCUGCGGUCCUGCGAACCCGCUUCAAAAUCUCCAAAAGCACAGCCAAGUCGACCGUACGCUUCAACAAGACCGUCUAGUCGGACACAGACAAUCUCCCAGCCAGGGAUUUCGUACAUCUGAUCCUCGGGCUGGCGCUGUUGACGCCGACUUCCACGCCUUUGAAAAUGCCGCUCCUAGCCCGUUUCAAUUCCAACAUCCUCAGCCACAACAGCAGGGACCAGUGUUCCAUCCACAAGGUCCCGUUGCAGGAUGGGCCGCCGACUUCAAGAGACUGAGCCUAACGGAACCACAGUCACACUCACAGUCACCCAUUCCUAUGCCUGCAGGACAGUUUCGAGCAGAAGCUCCGCUGGUCAGAUCGACGACGUUGGGAGGAUGGCAGAAUGAAUUUGUGAGGCAGCGAUCGUCACCGGUGGCGCAGGGGAAACAAGCGGUACGAGAUCCAGGACCGAUUUUGGAUUCGUUCGGCGGUCAAUCCGCUUCUUCCAUGAUGAUGGGGGGUAAUUAUAAUUACUCUCAGCAGUCUAUGUAUCAGUCACAUAUGGCGGGAGUGGGGGUAUAUGGUGGAACUUUAUCAGACCAGCAACAACAAGGCUAUGCCGUCUCGGGGGCAUCCAUGACCAUGGAGCAACAGCAUGCCCAACUAUCAGAUGUGGACUACGAAGCCGCAUUCGCAGAAGUGAUCGCGCACGCACAGGAGAUGGACCAACAACAACAAACCCAACAGCCUGCCUCCAUCGACCAACUGGACUCCCAACUACAACAGCCCGAAUCCGAGCAACCCAUCAAAAUCGGCUCCGACGCCAUCCAAUACCGCGACCAAAAGGCCGACUCCCAAAAAAGUCCAGAAGAAGACCGCCGCGAUGCCGACGAACUAGCACGCACAGCAGGCCUCCUACUCAACAGCGUACAACACGACACGAGCUCGAAGUUUCAAAACUCACAAUUUCUCGAUCUGAUGCGUCGCAUUCGGGACAGGGAAGUCGAGGUUCAAAAUAAUGAUCUGCAAACCGUCAGCUCCAGCUCUCAAACACUACACAAUACAGCACAGCAACAACAGACCCAACAAACAUCUACUACUCAACAGGACCAAGACCUGACCUCUCAUUUCCAAUUCCCAGACAUGGACGCCGUCUACGCCCCCGACGUAGCGGCACACGACACUGACACCCAACAUCAGCAUCCUCUGCACCGUUCACCAUUCACCACUUAUGGCUUUGACGACGAUAAUUACAUUGCACCUGCAAUGCAGCCGCAACAAAAUCAAACGGGUGACGCCCUCCACCCCGGCGGCAAAUGGUAUCCUGAUCAACAGAGUCCUCGUCCAGGGGCAGCACGCGUCGAGGAGUUGUCCAUGUCUGGUGCGAUACCUAGUGGUGGAGAUGGUAUUAUUGAUGACGGAGCUGGUCUUGAGAGAAUGGUUUCGGCAAGUGAGUUUGGACAUGUUGAUGAGACGGCGGGGCUUGCUAGAAGGUUUGUGCCGGGUGAUGCGUGGGCGGGUGCGGCGGCGGGGGAUGCUGAGAUGAGAGCAUAG